AUUGACGACAAAGAGUUUGACAUCCCUCAGGUGGAUACUCCUCCAACGCUGGAGAGCAUCCUGAACGAGACUGAUGAUGAAGAGGAGUCUUUCAUUUUGGAGGAUCCUUUUCUCCUGAACGUUGAUAGCACUGACACACACUCCUACGACACGUCCUCUGUGGCCAGCUCUGACAGUGGCGACCGCACACACCUCAAGAGGAAGAAAAAGCUCCCAGAUUCCCUCUCACUCCAUGGAUCAGUGAUACGGCUCUCACUUCUGAAAGGGAUUUCUGCCCAGAUAGUAUCAGCAGCAGACAAAGUGGAUGCUGGCUUGCCCACUGCAAUUGCAGCAUCAAACCUGAUAGCAGUGGGGACUUCCCAUGGGCUAGCACUGAUAUUUGACCAAAACCAGGCUCUGCGCCUGUGCCUGGGCAGCACUGCUGUUGGGGCCCAGUACGGGGCCAUCUCUGCCCUCAGCAUCAACAAUGACUGCUCCAGGCUCCUGUGUGGCUUUGCAAAGGGACAGAUCACCAUGUGGGACCUGGCCAGUGGGAAGCUGCUGAGGUCAAUAACAGAUGCUCACCCACCAGGAACUGCCAUUUUGCACAUCAAGUUCACAGAUGACCCGACACUUGCCAUCUGCAAUGACAGUGGAGGCUCCGUGUUUGAGCUGUCAUUUAGGAGGGUCAUGGGAGUGAGGACGUGUGAGUCUAGAUGUCUCUUCAGUGGCUCAAAGGGAGAAGUUUGCUGUAUUGAGCCACUACACGCCAAAGUUGAUCUGAGAGACCAUCCCAUCACCCAGUAUUCCCUGCUGGCCAUGGCCUCCCUCACAAAGAUUCUAGUUAUUGGCCUGAAGCCAUCUCUGAAGGUGUGGAUGACCUUUCCCUAUGGACGUAUGGAUCCUUCCAGUGUCCCUCUCCUGGCGUGGCACUUCGUGGCUGUGCAGAACUCUGUGAACCCUAUGCUUGCCUUUUGCCGAGGAGACGUCGUGCAUUUCCUUCUGGUGAAGAGGGAUGACACUGGUGCAAUACACGUCACUAAGCAGAGGCAGCUGCAUCUGCACUAUGACCUCAUCAACUUUACUUGGAUAAACUCCCGGACAGCAGUGCUGCUGGACAGUGUGGAGAAGCUGCACGUCAUAGACCGUCAGACGCAGGAGGAGCUGGAGACCAUCGAGAUCUCAGAAGUUCAGCUGGUCUACAACAGCAGCCACUUCAAAUCACUGGCCACAGGAGGCAAUGUCAGCGAGGCCCUGGCACUGGUGGGAGAGAAAGCUUGUUACCAGUCCAUCAGCAGCUGUGGUGGUCAGAUCUUCUACCUUGGAACUAAGUCUGUUCAUGUCAUGACAUUGAGAAGCUGGAGAGAGAGAGUUGACCACCUGCUGAAACAAGAGCGACUCAUGGACGCCCUGGCCCUGGCCUGGUCCUUUUAUGAAGGUAAAGCAAAGGCUGUUGUAGGCCUGACUGGGGACACAAGCAAGAGGAAAGCAGUCAUUGCAGACAGGAUGGUUGAAAUCCUUCUCCAUUACACUGAUCGGACUUUGAAGAAAUGUCCUGACCAAGGCAAAAUUCAGGUUAUGGAGCAGCACUUUCAGGAUGUGGUGCCUGUCAUAGUGGAUUACUGUCUCCUGCUCCAGCGCAUGGAUCUAUUGUUUAACCAGAUAUAUGAUAAGAUGAGCGAGAAUUCCGUGGCCAAAGGCAUCUUUCUGGAAUGCUUGGAGCCAUAUAUCCUAAGUGAUAAGCUGGUGGGAAUCACAGCUCAAGUGAUGAAAGACUUGCUGCUUCACUUCCAAGACAAGAACAGGUUGGAAAAUUUGGAAGCCUGCAUUGUGCAUAUGGAUAUCACCAGCCUAGACAUCCAGCAGGUUGUUCUCCUGUGCUGGGAAAACCGUCUCUAUGAUGCCAUGAUCUACGUCUACAACAGUGGCAUGAACGACUUCAUCAGCCCCAUGGAGAAGCUGUUCAAAGUCAUUGCUCCUCCACUGAAUGCUGGGAAGUCUCUCACAGAUGAGCAGGUGGUAAUGGGCAACAAGCUGCUUGUGUAUAUAAGCUGCUGCUUGGCAGGCCGAGCAUAUCCACUGGGUGACAUUCCUGAAGACCUGGUACCUCUGGUGAAAAAUCAGGUGUUUGAGUUCCUCAUCCGGCUGCACUCGACCGAGGGGUCUGUGGAUGAGGAGGUUUAUCCUUACGUUCGGACGCUGCUGCACUUCGACACGAGGGAGUUUCUUAAUGUUCUUGCUCUGACUUUUGAAGACUUUAAGAAUGACAAGCAAGCUGUGGAGUAUCAGCAGAGAAUCGUGGACAUCCUUCUGAAAGUCAUGGUGGAGAACUCUGACUUCACCCCAUCCCAGGUGGGCUGUCUCUUUACCUUCCUUGCCCGUCAGCUCGCCAAGCCCAACAACACCUUGUUUGUCAACAGGACACUCUUUGACCAGGUGCUGGAGUUCCUGUGCAGCCCGGAUGACGACUCGCGCCAUUCCGAGAGGCAGCAGGUCCUCCUGGAGCUGCUCCAGGCUGGGGGGAUAGUGCAGUUUGAAGAGAGUCGACUCAUCCAAAUGGCAGAGAAAGCUGAGUUCUACCAGAUCUGUGAGUUCAUGUACGAGCGACAGCUUCGCUAUGACAAAAUCAUCGGCUGUUACCUGCGUGAUCCGAUGAGGAAGGAAGAAGUUUUCAACUAUAUUCACAACAUCCUGUCCAUGCCUGGCUACAGUGCUGAAGAAAAGCAGUUGGUAUGGCAGAAAGCUUUGGAACACAUAGAGGAGCUGCUGCUGCUGAGCCCAGGCAAAGCAGCUGACCUGGCAGCCAUGCACUUCAGUGAGCAGAUUGAGAGCAUCAUUACAGACCUGCAGGACCAGUUCUUGCUCUUCCAGUUCCUGAGGAGUCUCCUUGAUCCAAGGGAAGGCAUUAACCAAGACCUGAUCCAUUUACCACCCUGCAUCACUGAGCAGUUCAUCGAGCUGCUGUGUCAGUACAGCCCAGACCAGGUUUUGGAGACACUCAGAGUUCUGGAAUCCUGCAGACUGGAAGAAACUAUCCAGAUAACCCAGAAACAUCAGCUCCAUGAAGCUUCCUCCUAUUUGCUGGAGAAGAAGGGAGAUAUACAUGGUGCCUUUCUGGUCAUGCUUGAGCAAUUGCAGAGCAAGCUGCUGGAGCUUACUCAGGAUGAUGAAGGCUCAGCUGAUCCCUCCUUGCUGGAAAACAUUGAAGACACCUUAAUGAAAACAAUUGCCCUUUGCCAGAGAAAUUCACACAGUCUAGACCAGCAGCAGCGAGAGGCCCUCUGGUUUCCCCUGCUGGAGGCAAUGAUGUCCCCACAGAAAUCCUCUGGGUCCUCACAGUGCCGAUACUCUGACUCUUUGAAGAGUUUGACAAUGCAAGUGCUGAACAACAUGGCUGCAUUUAUCGCUCUCCCCUCCAUCCUGCAGAGAAUUCUCCAGGAUCCAGUUUAUGGCAAAGGGAAACUUGGAGAAAUUCAAGGGCUUGUCCUGGGGAUGCUGGACACUUUUAACUAUGAACAAACCCUUCUGGAGACAACUACUAGCCUGUUAAACCACGACCUUCACUGGUCCCUGUGCAACCUGAGAGCCUCUGUCACCAGAGGGCUCACCCCAAAGCAGGAUUACUGCUGCAUCUGCCUCCAGCAGUACAAAAGGAGGCAAGAAACUGCCGAUGAAAUCAUUGUGUUCAGCUGUGGCCACUUGUACCAUUCACUGUGCCUGCUGAGUAAGGAGUGUGGGACAGUCACCAAGGGCACGAUGAGGUGGAUGUGCUAUAAAUGCAACUCGAGUAAUAAGGGAGCCAAACUGAGCGAGAGCUUGUCAGAGCUGAAGAAAGGGAGUGCAGCAUCCCUGGCACAGGCGAGUUCAGAGUCGCUGUUGGACCCUCAGCAAAUCCAAGCGUUUGACCAGCUGUGCCGACUGAACCGUGGGACGUCCCGGCUGGCUCUCCUGACGGAACUGGCCCGUGGUGGGGACAAGCACGGGCUGCUCAGCAUGUCCCAUGGAGACACAGCCUCCAGCAGUGUCUUCCAGAACGAGAACUUCCAGCUCCACCUGACCCCCCCUCCGCUGGUUGAAGACUAG